AUGCUUCCAGAAUUUAGAGCACUUCCCAGCAGCCCCCCAACUGCCUCACUCCACCAGCCUUGGAUGCUUCCAGAUUUAGAGCCACUUCCAGCAGCCCCCCCAACUGCCUUCACUCCACCAGCCUUGGAUGCUUCCAAAACCAGAAGCAGAGUACUUCCAGCAGCCCCCCACCCCCCAACUGCCUUCAGUCCACCAGCUGUAUGCUUCCAGCUUAGUGCACUUCCAGCAGCCCCCCCAACUCCCUUCAGUCCACCAGCCUUGUAUGCUUCCAGAGCAGAGUACUUCCAGCAGCCCCCAACUUCCUUCAGUCCACCAGCCUUAUAUGCUUCCAGAACAGAGUACUUCCAGCAGCCCCCUAAAUGCCUUCAGUCCACCAGCCUUGUAUGCUUCAGUAGAAUACUUCAAGCAGCCCCCCCAACUGCCUUCAGUCCACCAGCCUUGCAUGCUUCCAGAGUAGAGUACUUCAGCAGCCCCCAACUGCCUUCAGUCACAGCCUUGGAUGCUUCCAGUGCAGAGUGUUCUCAGCAGCACGCCAACUGCCUUCAGUCCACCAGCCUGGAUGCUUCAGAGCAGAGUACUUCCGGCAGCACCCCAACUGCCUUCAGUCCACCAGCCUUGUAUACUUCCAGAGUAGAUCCACCAGACUUGGAUGCUUCCAGAGUAGAGUACUUCCAGAAACCCCCCAACUGCUACAGUCCACCUGCUUUGGAUGUUUCCAGAGUAGAGUACUUCCAGCAGCCCCACAACUGCCUUCAGUCUACCUGCUUUGGAUGCUUCCAGAGUAGAGUACUUCCAGCAGCCCCCAACUGCUUCAGUCACAGCCGGCCUGCUUCCAGAGUAGAGUUCUUCCAGCAGCCCCCAACUGCCUUCAGUUCACCAGUCUUGGAUGCUUCCAGAGUAGAGUACUUCCAGCAGCCCCCAAACUGCCUUCAGUCCACUGCUUUGGAUCUUUUAGAGUAG